AUGUCAUGCCUCAAGGUGUCGAACCGACGACGCGAGUGGCGAUGCGGCGGUGAAGGAAGUAGAAUAGAAGCCCCAGUCUACGUUGCUGUCCAGAUUCAGGCAUCCAAGAAUACCAAAAAAUCGUUGCUCACGCCUUUGGAAGAGCUUGAGGGCCCAAGCAAUCGCCAACGCUCAGAAGAGAAUCGAAUUUUGACCGUGGCAACAGAUUGCUUGGAUCAAAUGUCAAUGAAAGAUCCGUCCUUGUGUGUUCACGGUGAUCCAAUAUUGCUGUUAGGAGUGGAAGUUAAGCCGUCAUUAAGGAUGGCCUACUUGUACUGGGCUUUACCGUACAGUGUUCUGCUGAACGACAGCUUGACGAAGAAUCAAAAGCACUAUUUGCAGUUUAAGAUGCAGCAAAUAAUCGACGAAAAAGGAGGUGUAAUGCUUCAGCGUCGCAUCACCGCCGUUCUCAGCAGUUACUUUUCACCUCGUUUGAAACUGAAAGCAGCACCAGAAAUAAUGCUGCACGAUGCUCUAAAGGAUCUUUAUGAUUUUUCAGAAUAG